GGCGGGAAGGACAGGUUGAUUCGACCGUUAGAAGUUCCGAGUGAAACAAGACAAGAAAUUACCGGUGAGAGCCAUUCUGCCUGAGAAAGGACGCAGACCGGAAGUGACGGCCGCAAAAUUUAUCUUCAACCGAAACCUGUUAAAUAACACCAAGUCUAAAGAGUGGGCGGUAGAAAAGUUCUGGUGGCUUCAACACUGGUGCUCUUAGUCAUACGUGUGUUGGUAUUGUGUUGAUAACCGUUAAAUUACAUGCUGUUUUGUGACGUACACGUGGUCUUGUUUAGUACACAGAAUACUUCUGUUCCCUAUCAACCAACACCUGUCAUACAGGUCAAGCCAGACUCGAUAUGAUGCUAUCAGUAUAGUCUUCACGAUAUAACUUUAACGACACAAUAAACUGAGCAGAAUGGGCAGAGUGUUGACUUCACAAACGAACCAAAUAUAUUUUUCACAAUGUGUACGGAUCAUUUGAGGCCAGAAACGUGUGAUUUUUCUUCUAAAGUAUCUCUCAUUCCACCUAUUUUACGACAAGAAAUCCUACUUUGUGUGAUGUUUUGCAUUUGAAAAGGCCAUUUCCCCAACUGUAAUUUUGUCGGGUAUUAUAUACAUUUUAACCUCUAGAUGGACGGUAAAUGUCAGCGUUAACUCUCGGGUGAUGUCUGUUUGUAAGGAGCUAGUUGUGCGAACACAGUAUGUUCUCUAGCCAAGCCUUGGUGAAACUGUUGCUCCUUUGUGCCUUUCUUCUUUAUUAGGGAGAAUUGACAUCUGUAUUGAACUCUUGCCGUCGCAAUUACAGCUGUGAUCAAUAUGCUCGAAAUCGCGAGUUUGGGAGGAAUUCUAUACGUCUACUAAUUAACGCUUAUGAAGUUUAAAAAAAAAGGUAAUGACCAUGAAAAAAACUGUUGACAAUAUGUUAAACACGUCAUCCGUAUUGGAAACACAUAUAAGUGUAGUUACGAUUUAGACGUCAAGGUUGCAUGUACUAUGUUCCACAAGUCAUGCUGAAAUAUAUAACAUUAUCAACCAAGCUAACAGCAGGAGGGGCCAUUCGACAACGUUAACGAUUACAAAGAGAGUACGUUAAAAGUUAGCCUACUGAGCAGAACCUGCGGGCCAGGUUAGUAGAAGGUCUUCAGUACGAUGCCGUGCAACUUACCAUAUAGCACAGCAUAGCGUACUGAUUAACUUCCUCCGUUCUCAUUUUCUUCUGUAUGCCAUAACGUAUGACCCAGUCAAACAGAAACUUGAUUUUUUUUUCUUUUUCAUUUAUUAAAUCCAGUAAAAAAAACGCAUUAUUUCCAUAACAUCAUGUCAGCAUCAGUUAACGUAGAUCCCCCUGUUUCACCAAGUCCUCCCACCCAAAAGAUGAACGGAGGAAUCAACACUCGUCCAAAUUUUAACUUCAGUUUUCUGAACACGUCUAAGCAUAGCUUAGCUACUGGGUCACCUACAGGGGGCGCUGGACUAACCAAUCUCACGAUGACUAGCACUCCUGGAAAGCCGCUCUUGGAUUUGUCGCGUGCAACUACAGGUCAUCCGAGCAUGAACCUAUCCCGCCACACUUUGACCCCAGCUAAGACUGACCUCCAUACCAAAGACCCCGGUGAUCACGGCAUAUAUCACACUUUAGCGUCUUUAGCUUUAUUGUGUCUCUUGGCUCUAAUGAUGGCUUUCUUAGCCCUGUUCUUCCUACAGAAGAUUGGUCCCUUGACUUUAAAUAUGGGCAACGGAAAAUCAUUUAGUACUGAGUCACCUAAAAAAAUCGUAGUGGGAAGCGAAGAGUUUAUUACUGUGUACCAAGUAUCAGUUGCUUUGAGUACACUUACUGUAUCCCUGAACCUAUGCUGCCUCUUUGUGUGUUCUAUACAGUUCCUCUUCGCUAUCAAACUGAUGAAGGCCCCUCAAGGAGAAGAAAGGACCAACAAAUUUUUGAAGAGAAGUUCUUGCACGAGGGUAAUUGCAAUUGGCGGGUUUUUCUUGUCCAUACCCAUAUUUUUCACUGGUGUUAUCUUGUUCACGUUUAUUCAUUUUCACGAGGUUCCAGCCAUAGUUACAAGCAUAGUUAUAGGCCUUGGAAUCGUGUUCUGUGGGGCGGUAUCUGUACAGAACGUUUACUUGUGGCAAUGGGAGAAGACCCAAGAAAGCAGGGAGAGGGUGGAAAGUAGACUUAGUCAACUCCGCGAGUCUGGACUAAUAGGGCCAGAUGUCACGGCUCAUAGUAUGGAACUCUCAACACUCGUGUGAGGCCUAAGUUUUUACAAGUUGUUAACAGGGUUCAGACUCAUCACUGCGGGACUCUAUGGAUAACGCACCAUAUUAUAUCCAACGUAACUAAUAUUUUAGUUCCAUUGGUGAUGGUGAAAAUGCCUCACAGUAUUAUUCACAUGGAUGGUAUGAAUUAUUGGUGGCAUUGUAUUGUAUAACUGUCGCCACUGCACUUAUCUACUUGAGGAUUUGAGCUUUUUUUUAAAUUUUAUUCUUGACCUCCAGAUUUUGCUAGAGUCAUCAAAAUCACAAUUGUUGUGACGUCACAAUCACGAGUGUCACGUCAUAACCGAUGGCCAUUUUCUUCCAACCUUCGAAGUGUAGGUGAAUCGAAAUAUAGUGUCAUAACGCGUAUUUAUACUAUUUUCAUCCAGUUGUAUGUCUGACGUCAUAGACCACAAUAGUGAUUUUUUUUUUCAUUGUUGUUUAUUACUUAGUUGAACAAAGAUGACAAUCAAGUGCAGUUAAAAUGUAUUUUUGAUAUUAUUUCAAAACAACAACGAUAACUUUGGUGAGAUUAUUUUCUCCUGCGUUUAAGUGUGGACUUUCAGUCUGAAAAAAAAAAUGAUUGUUGAGGUUAUAAAUCUUCCACAAUGUUUAAACAUCUGGUGGUACGUAAAGUAUUUUUCAACGUGGGUAUUUUACAGUUGUAGAUGACACUUUCAGUGCUAGAUUUAAUCUUACGUUCAUUACCAUGUAGUAGUCUCCAUGCUUGAAUAAUUUAUAUGUAUGUGUUGUAGAAUAGUGAUGAAAUUAUUAUAAUUUUUUAAAUCAUCUUAUUUAUAACCCUAAGAAAAAAAAGUAAUUGUUUCUCUUGCACACUAUAUUGUUUAAAAGAUUAAGUCUGUUAAAAGUAGUUAAUCGCAGUUUCGGAAUCUUAGAAAAAAUUUAUUCCAUUUUUUUAUUACAAAUUUUAGUUACCUAAAGAUACCAAUAGGAGUAAUUUUCACCAUGCUUUCAGCAAAUUUUCAUUAACUUAUAGUCAUCGGAUAUUUGGUAUUUAGAAUUCUUAAAAUUUAAUUAUUCGAAUUUUUAGUGAGCUUUGAUAAUGUUUGUAUCACUCAGAGCUGUGUAUUGUGCGGAUAAUGUACAGAGCUUAGCCGGUGUACUAAGUUAAGACAGCAAGUUAUAGUUUGCGGACUGUUGUCUGUAUAGGAAUCUUUAAACUAAAUCUAUUAAAGAAUAAAAAUAGCAAGGAAAAAUUACUAGGAAUUAGGUGAUUGUGGACGUAAAUAUAUUUAACUCACUUUUUAAUUUUGAUUAAUGCCACUUGGAUAAGAAGAUUUUGGUAGAAACGAUCAUAAUAUGGUUAGUGUUUAAAACUUCUAAAGUAUUCUCUAUUUUAAAUUCCAAUAUGACGAAAUCUAGGUCCGAUGAUACCCCCCCCCUACUAGGAAUCUUUAUUUUUCUAAACUUUCAUUGUACUAAUAAGGAAGGUAAAGUUAUAAUUCUUUUGUUGUUAUUGUUUUUUAACAAGUGCAAUGAAUAGUAAACUUUGUGUCUGGAAAGUUCCUUAUCGGUGUUAAGAACGUACUACAAGGUUUAUUUUUUUCUCACUUAUCACGCUUCCGCCACUAAUCACUAAACAUAGUAAUGAAUACAGGGUUGAACAGUAUUUAGGACCUUCGUACUUAAUGAAAGGGUAUCGAAUGUUUGUAUGUAAAUAUAUAUAUAUAUAUAUAUAUCACAUGUUGUGUAUAUUUGCGCAUAUGUAAAUAAUGUUGUUAUUCUUUGAGCUCAAGCUUCUUGCAUACAGUAACGCCCUUCACUAAGCGCUGUGUAGGCAUUUGGACGUAGCUUUUUGCACAUAAAUGCA